AUGGAUAGACAUGCGGGGUGCGGUUGCUUGCCUGUUUGUUCGUGUGCUCCGCAGUUACGCACUUGGACGCCACAGGGUUAUCCAAGCGAGUCGGGAUUCUUUUGGCUGCGCGCAGUGUUGAUGCUGCUGUGCGUAAAGCGUACGGACGUUGCAGAGUCCCUGCUCAUGAAUCACUCUGAUGUUGACUGGUCCGGCUUAGAAUCCGUGCCUGCCCCUCUACAGGUAGCAUAUCUUUUAGUUGCUGCGUGCAAGGCCGGAAGCAUCAAUGCUUUUAACCUCAUCCUGAGGAAGUACAAUGUACUGCUCCGAAGGGACCCCUUUUUUGCUCGCUGUGCUGACAAAAUCAAGCUCGAGGUUUUUGGAGUGGCGAGACCACAGGCACUCUCGCUAUCCAGCCUCUUCUCGUUAUUUACUCAGCCAGCCGCAACUAUAGAGUCUGCGUAA